GACCGUUAGCUCCGCGUGCACGUGUCGCCCCUUGUCAGGCUGUCACAACUCCUCCAACAAAUCAACAAUAACAACAUUUCUCGCUGUAACAUCCACAUAAACACGGACAUAUCGCCCUGACAGCUUGAAGAUGUGGAAGUCAGUCGUGGGCCACAAUGUGAGCAUGAAGGUGGCUGCAGAGGGGGACGACUGGGAGACAGACCCCGACUUUGAGAAUGACGUAUCAGAGCAGGAGCAGAGGUGGGGAGCGAAGACCAUCGAGGGCUCGGGACGUAAAGAGCACAUCAGUGUUGCAGAGCUCAGAAGCAAAGUCGCUUCGGAGCACGAGCAGGUGAAGCAGAAGGAACGCGUCCCCAAAGCGUCGUACGGAUAUGGAGGGAAGUUCGGAGUGGAGAAGGACCGAAUGGACAAGGCGGCUUUGGGGCACGACUAUGUGGCACAAGUCGAGCAACACUCCUCCCAGAAAGAUGCUGCACAAGGGUUCGGUGGGAAAUACGGUGUUCAGAAAGAUCGCAUCGACAAGUCUGCCAUGGGCUUUGAAUACAAAGGGGAGGUGCAGCAGCAUGCGUCUCAGAAAGAUUACUCAAAGGGAUUUGGAGGGAAAUACGGCGUGGAGAAGGAAAAAGUGGACAAGGCGGCUUUGGGGUACGACUAUAAAGGCCAGACAGAGAAGCAUCAGUCACAGAAAGACUACGCAAAGGGAUUCGGAGGAAAGUACGGGGUGGAGAAGGAGAAGGUGGACAAAGCUGCUUUGGGAUACGACUAUAAAGGAGAAACAGAGAAGCACCAGUCACAGAAAGAUUACUCAAAAGGAUUUGGAGGGAAGUUCGGCGUCGAGAAAGAGAAGGUGGAUAAAGCCGCCUUGGGUUACGAUUAUAAGAGCGAGACAGAGAAACAUCAGUCACAGAAAGAUUAUUCAGCAGGUUUUGGAGGUCGCUAUGGAGUACAGGCCGACCGCAUGGAUAAGAGCGCAGCUGGCUUCUCAGACAUCGACUCCCCGACCUCUGCUUAUAAAAAGACACAACCGAUAGAGGCCUCAAGUGCAGGAGCAGGAAAACUGAAGGCACGUUUCGAGAACAUGGCCAAGGCCUCAGACGAAGAGAACAGGAAGAAAGCCGAAGAAGAGAAAGCGAGGAGACAGGCCAGAGAGAGCCGAGAGCGAGAGCUCGCCAAACGCAGACAGGAGGAGGAGAGGAGCAGAGAGGAGGAGGAGGAGGAGGAGGAGGAGGAAGCUCCACCUCCUGUUCCAGAUGUGGCUCCAGAGUACACCAUGCCAUCACCAGAAAUCCACGAGCACGUGCCAGAUGUAGAAGAAACACCAGAACCAGAGCCAGAGCCAGAACCAGAGCCAGAGGAGGAUCCGGAGUACGAACAGCCUCCGGAUUUGCCUCCACGCUCGGAGGAAUUCUUGGAGCUUGACGCUCCCCCGCUCCCCGAGAGGUCGGCACAAGUAGACAGUCAGGAGGACGAAGUGGGGGACGAAGGGGAGUACGAAGAACUCGUCGAACCGCCUCCUGCACCGCUGACAGCGGUGGAUAACGACUAUGAAGACCUGUCAUGUGGUCAGAAGGCGGUAGCGAUUUAUGACUACGAAGGAGAGGCGGACGAUGAGAUCUCCUUCAACCCGGACGACAUCAUCACCAACAUAGAGAUGAUCGACGAGGGCUGGUGGAAGGGACAGUGUCGCGGACGAAUGGGCCUUUUCCCGGCUGCUUACGUUCAGCUGAUGUAGUGAGCAAACACGCUCAGGAGGGUUUCUGCACAAGCUUCACUUUUGCACUCGAUCUGUCUCAGAUUUAUCAGGUUGUUCAACAGAAGAAAACUCAAAUAUAUUUUAGCACUGUAUUUAUACACUCAACAGAAAUAUGAAGACGACACACGGAAGUUUGUUUCUGCUCAACUUGUUUGGGUUUAUUUGUUGAGAAAUUUGCACUUCUUGGCCAGGAUAAUCAUUCUACCUGACAGGUGUCACUAUGACACAGGUGAGCUCUGGACUGCUCACAA